UCAUCGCGGGCGCGACGCCCCGAGGGCCAGCUUAGGCUUUGGUCUAGCCGUGGCGGUGGCGGCGAGAGCGUCCGGGAAGAUGCCAGUGGCGGUGAUGGCGGACAGCGCCUUUAGUUUCAGAAAGCUGCUGGAUCAGUGCGAGAACCAAGAGCUUGAGGCCCCUGGAGGGAUCGCCACUCCGCCGGUGUACGGUCAGCUUCUCGCUUUGUAUUUGCUCCAGAAUGACAUGAAUAAUGCAAGAUAUCUUUGGAAGAGGAUACCACCCGCUAUCAAGUCUGCAAACUCUGAACUUGGGGGAAUCUGGUCAGUAGGACAGCGAAUCUGGCAGAGAGAUUUCCCCGGGAUCUAUACCACCAUCAACGCCCACCAGUGGUCGGAGACUGUGCAGCCAAUCAUGGAAGCCCUUAGAGAUGCAACGAGGAGACGCGCCUUUGCCCUGGUCUCUCAAGCUUAUACCUCCAUAAUCGCAGAUGAUUUCGCAGCCUUUGUCGGCCUUCCUGUGGAAGAGGCUGUGAAAGGUGUAUUGGAACAAGGAUGGCAAGCUGACUCCGCCACAAGAAUGGUUCUUCCCAGGAAGCCAGCCUCAGGAGCCCUGGACGUUUCCUUGAACAGGUUUAUUCCUUUAUCAGAGCCUGCACCAGUUCCACCAAUCCCCAACGAGCAGCAGCUGGCCAGGCUCACUGACUACGUGGCUUUCCUGGAAAACUGAUAAAUCGCUCUGAGUUCAAGAUCCACCUUCAGUCCCUGUCACUGGCAAACAGAUGUGGAGUUUUAUUUCUGAGCACUGAACAGGGUGAGCGCCUCGGUGUCCUUUGGGUGUGAUAAAAUGCACAUGGAAGAUGAAGCGCAUUGUACAGUUUGUCCUCAGACACUGCUGAAUGUCCUGGGAGCAGUCCUCAUUUGUAUUGAUCACUUUGGUUGGAGCCAUCAGUAUUAUGCAGCUAGUUUCUAUCAAUGACUGACUCUGAACAGAAGCUUCAAGCAGCAGAGCGGGCGCUGGAGCACACACCAUGCUCCUGCGUACCGCUGGCCUCUAGCUGUAGUGAUGUGCGUGGGAUUUGAGAAGGACUGUGCCCAACCCACAUUGUCGCUCACACUCUGGACAAUGCCCACAAGGAAUUACUGAUGUAGAAUCAGAAAGAGCUGAAACGUGGUGGACCGUCUCCUGGCGAGGAGCUUGUCAAUGCUGCAUUUCCCCCGGGUGUGCAAGCAUCCAUUGCUGGAGGUGGACGGUGUGCAGUGAGAAGCAGCCUGUGUGCUCCUGUGAAACUUGAGUUCUGAGGUCUCCUUUCAGAAGGGAAGGGGCACGGAGUGCAGUGUGUGCUGAGCGAGCUCCUGAGCUGAGGGAUAGAUAGCGUGCAGCCCUCCUGCUGCUGCGCAUGUCCAUCCUGUGUAGAAAUGCCGAAUCGUCUAUUUUUGUUCUUGUAUGACAGCCCUUGAAGAUUUGAGGUGGUUAAUGUAUCUUCAGGUUAAAACAGCCCUGGUUCAUGUAUUCUGCAUUUGUUCAAUAAAUAUUUAAUUGAAUUCGUAAA